AUGGUUGAUUUCGAUGAUAUGAAAGAAAUGUUAAAAUAUUGGACAAAAAAAUAUAUGUUUCCAAUAGCUUUGGUUAUUUUUCAAUGUGUAUUUAUUGUUUUAUAUGCUGUUCAUGCUGAUUAUGGUUUUGAACAUGACCAAAGUUCUUAUGUAACAACAUCAAAUAGUCCACCGCCUGAAGGUGAUGUGGAUUUUUAUUAUCCAUAUUUUCAAGAUGUUCAUGUGAUGAUGUUUAUUGGUUUUGGAUUUUUAAUGACAUUUUUACGACGAUAUUCAUUUUCUUCGGUAUCAUUCAACUUUUUAGUUGCUGCAUUUGUCUUAGAAUGGGCAAUUUUAAUUCGUGGUUAUGUUUUCGAUUGGAAUUCCACUGCGAAAACAUUUGUUGUUGAUGUGAAAAGUCUUCUUCAUGCUGAUUUCGUUUGUGCAUCGGUAUUGAUUUCCUUUGGUGCUGUACUUGGCAAAACCAAUCCUGCUCAAUUAGUUAUUAUGGCUUUGAUUGAAGUUGUUAUACAAGUUUGGAAUGAAUACAUUGGUUUGACUUAUUUCUGUACAUAUGAUGGUGGAGAAUCAAUUUAUGUUCAUGUUUUCGGUGCAUAUUUUGGUUUAGCUGCUUCAUAUUCUCUUCAACGUAAAAAAGUUGUGGAAUCAGAAAAAGAAAGUUCAAGUUAUGCAUCAGAUAUCUUUUCAAUGAUCGGUACAUUAUUCUUAUUUUGUUUUUGGCCAUCGUUCAAUGCUGGUACUGCAUAUGGAGAAGGAAGAACGCGUGCUAUUGUUAAUACAUAUGUCAGUAUUAGUGCUUCUGUUGUUUUAACAUUCGUUGUCUCAGCACUUGUUGGCAAAGGUAAAGAAGAAAUUAUUCAUAUUCAAAAUGCAACAUUGGCUGGGGGUGUGGCUGUUGGUACAGUUUCCGAUAAAGAGAUUGGUCUUUUUGGUGCUAUGAUCAUUGGAAGUGUGGCAGGAACAAUUUCUACAUUAGGUUACAAAUAUCUUCUCGAAUCAUUAAAGAAAAUUCAAAUACACGAUACAUGUGGUGUUCAUAAUUUACAUGGAUUACCUGGAGUUUUAUCCGGUUUAGCUGGAAUAGUUCUUGCUAGUAUGCCUUGGAGAUCACUUUAUCAAGAUAAUUUAACUGAUCAAUGUUUGGGUGGUGGUUUAAAUCGAUCUGUUCGUGUUCACGCUGGUUAUCAAUGUGCUGGUCUUGUUUUAACAUUAGGUAUGUCUAUUGUUGGUGGAUUACUUACUGGUGUAUUUCUUCGUUUACCAAUCUUUGCUUCACCAGAUAAUGAUUCUUAUUUUGAUGAUAGUCUCAAUUGGCAUGUACCAAAAGAUUUUGUUGCUGAAGAUUCUGCUUUAGGUUCUUUGAUAAAAAAUAUUUUACCUGGACAAAUGAGACUUGAUGAAACACCUCUUGAACCAACAAAUAAUCCAAAUACAAUUGAAGUUAUUCAAGAAACUCAACCAACACAUCUUAUUGGAUUAAUGAAAGGAACAUUAAAUCAAAAAACAUCUGAAGAAACUCAACCAACAAAUCUUAUUGCAUUGAUGAGAGGAACAAUCAAUCAGCAAAUAGACGAAAAUCGACCGAGACGUUCAACUUCUGCACGAGAUGAUUCUUAUCCUUCACAAAUUCUUCGUUCACAAGAAACACCAGCAUCACCUGCUGUGUAUGUUCAUCGAUUAUAG